UUUUGAUUGGCGUUUGAGAUUGGCCGGACUCCCUACAAGCCCAGGGUGCUUUGCGGUGCCCGGUCCUUUCCGCUCGGCCGUUCUCCUGUAUAGGAGGCAGCCAUGGCGCCCAGCCGGAAUGGCAUGAUACUGAAGCCCCACUUCCACAAGGAUUGGCAGCAGCGAGUGGACACUUGGUUCAACCAGCCGGCGCGCAAGAUCCGCAGGCGCAAGGCCCGGCAGGCGAAAGCGCGUCGCAUCGCCCCUCGCCCCGCGUCCGGCCCCAUCAGGCCCAUCGUGAGGUGCCCUACAGUGAGAUACCACACCAAGGUCCGGGCUGGCAGGGGCUUCAGCCUGGAGGAGCUCAGGGUGGCUGGCAUCCACAAGAAAGUGGCUCGCACCAUCGGCAUCUCUGUGGACCCGAGGAGGCGAAACAAGUCCACGGAGUCACUGCAGGCCAACGUGCAGCGCCUGAAGGAGUACCGCUCCAAGCUCAUCCUGUUCCCCAGGAAGCCUUCUGCUCCGAAGAAGGGAGACAGUUCUGCUGAAGAACUUAAGCUGGCCACCCAGCUGACAGGACCUGUGAUGCCCAUCCGGAAUGUGUACAAAAAGGAAAAGGCCAGAGUUAUCACAGAAGAAGAGAAGAACUUUAAGGCUUUUGCCAGUCUCCGAAUGGCCCGUGCCAAUGCCCGACUCUUUGGCAUCCGAGCAAAAAGGGCGAAGGAAGCUGCAGAGCAAGAUGUUGAAAAGAAAAAAUAAUUCUGUGUUGGAGAGCUGCAAUAAAUUUUCCAUAAAGCAAAA